AUGCCAAAGAAUAAAGGUAAAGGAGGUAAAAAUAGACGUAGAGGUAAGAAUGAAAAUGAAUCUGAGAAAAGAGAGCUGGUCUUCAAGGAAGAUGGACAAGAAUACGCUCAGGUGAUCAAAAUGUUGGGAAAUGGACGAUUAGAAGCAAUGUGUUUUGAUGGUGUAAAGAGGUUAUGUCAUAUUAGAGGGAAAUUGAGAAAAAAGGUUUGGAUAAAUACCUCAGACAUCAUAUUGGUUGGUCUCCGUGACUAUCAGGAUAACAAAGCCGAUGUAAUUUUAAAAUACAAUGCAGAUGAAGCAAGAAGUCUGAAGGCAUAUGGCGAGCUACCGGAACAUGCUAAAAUCAAUGAAACUGAUACCUUUGGACCUGGGGAUGAUGAUGAAAUUCAGUUUGAUGACAUUGGGGACGAUGAUGAAGAUAUUGAUGAUAUCUAGUUUGACUCAGCAUCUUACAUUCCAGUUUUUCUGAUUUGUCCUGCAGUUUGAAAUCCGGCAGUAACUCUUAAAGAAGAUUCAAAACUUAAUAGCAUGAUUGUAAUUUGUUAAGGCAGAUAGCCUUGUUACUAAGGUUCUUUAAAAACUGUUAACAUUAUGUUAAGACCACACUUAAUUUAA